AUUUUUACAAAAAAUUCGAAAUGUCUUGACAUUCGGAGCUUGACAUAUUAAUGGUACAGUGAUUUUUUUAAAUCUAUUUGGAUUACACGAAAGGUAAUUCCUAUUAUCUUCAUGGAACAUCGUGUGUACCUGGGAUGGAUAUAGGAAGAGAAGGAACUUCAAACACAUCUUUGAACAUCAGACGAAAAUUGAAAAAGAAGCUUCCUAUUUUAACUUGGUUUCCAGCUUAUAAUUUCGAGACUUUUUCUCAAGAUUUGUUAGCUGGUUUCACGGUAGCCUUAACAGAAAUUCCACAGGGUAUCGCCUAUGCUAUAGUUGCAGGACUUCCAUCUCAAUAUGGCCUUUACUGCGGUUUCAUGGGAUGUUUCAUGUACUUCCUGUUGGGAAGUUGCAAAGACAUCAACGUUGGACCCACAGCCAUCAUGGCCCUCAUGAUACAGCCCCAUGUGUCCUUGAUGGGCCCUGCGGCGAGCACCCUCUUAACGUUCCUAUCCGGCUGCAUCAUUUUCAUUUGUGGCCUUUUCCAUUUAGGGUUCAUAGUGGAAUUCUUCUCUUACCCGGUGAUAGCAGGAUUCACAACUGCAGCAGCCCUGAACAUUGCGUCAUCGCAAAUCAAAGGACUUCUGGGAAUCACAGGAAAGUCCGAUACAUUCCUUGUAGCUUUGAUAUCCGUAUUCGAGCACAUCAACGAAACCAGAUGGACUGAUGUCGUAUUAGGACUUUUUACAAUUAUUUUUUUAGUAAUAGCAAAGGAAAUGAGAAAACUUGGGUCACUCAAACAUAGACCAGAUUGGAGCAGAAGAAGAAAUAUUAUCGGUAUCGCGAUUUUCAUGUUUUCUUUGGCUAGUAAUGCCAUUGCUGUGAUUAUUGGUACUGUCAUGGCCUAUAUAUUCCAACAAUAUGGCCAAGAACCAUUCAAAUUGACAGGGGAAGUAAAAGGAGGUUUACCACCAUUCACUUUACCUCCUUUCGGCACAAAUUUCAAUGGAACGGAAUAUACUUUCACUGAAAUGAUGCAGGAAUAUGGAUCGGUGGUGAUAUUUUGCCCACUUGUAGCAGUACUGGAGCACAUAGCGAUUGCUAAAGCAUUUUCCAAAGGAAAAACCCUGGACGCCACGCAAGAAAUGCUCGCCCUGGGCGCCUGCAACAUCAUGGGGGCCUUAGUCCAAUCCAUGCCCGUCACGGGGUCUUUCACGAGGACGGCGGUGAACAACGCGUCUGGCGCCAGGACGCCUACCUGCGGCGUCGUGACGGGCGUCAUCGUGCUCAUGGCGCUCGCUUUCCUCACCUCCACGUUCCAGUACAUUCCCAAGACGACGCUGGCGGGGGUCAUCGUGGUCGCCAUGUACUAUCUGUGCGAUUUUGAGGCCUUCUUGCUAUUGUGGAGGACAAAAAAACUGGACCUGAUCCCGCUGACCAUAACCCUAGUUUGCUGCUUGCUGAUCAACCUGGAAUACGGCAUCCUGAUCGGCAUCGCCGUCAACAUCACUUUCGUGCUGUAUUCGUCUGCCCGGCCCAAAAUCGAGAUCACCGAGCCAUCGGCGGACGUUUACAUGGUGAAAAUAAAGUCCGGCCUGCAUUUCACCGCCGCCGAGCAUCUGAGAGAGGCAGUGUUGCGGAAAUGCACCACCGCAAAGAGUACUGUGGUGGUCGAUGGAGAAUACAUGGGGAACAUCGAUUCCACCGUGGCGAAAAGCUUCAAUGUGCUGAGAGAUGAACUCAUAUUGAGAGAACAGAAGAUUGUAUUUCUGAAUUUUAAAAAAUCCAUGAUGGAUGCUUGCGUUGGUGUGAAUAAAGAUCUCGCUCCGUGUUUCAGAGAAGAUUGUCUAGAACAACUGACAGCAUUAUGAUUGUGAGAGAAAGAAAAUCACUAAUAUAAGAUUUGUAUGUAUGUAAAAUAGUACUGUGAAAAAAUGUGCAGAAAAAGAUUUUUUUAUACUUUUCGAUAUACAUAUAAUAUAUUUAUUAUUUUUAUAUACAUACCUGAUUCCAUGUUGUUAUUGUACAAAUAAAGAUUUGAAGUUGG